GACUGCUCAGCGCCGAGAGGAAAGGAAGCUACAGUGAGAGACUUGGCUGUGGGUCUUGCUCUACGUGCCGAUUGCAAGUCUCCUUAAUGGACGUUUGGCUAUUCAGACCAAAAAUGACAAAAGAACUCAUCAGUGUGGUUUGUAUUAUAUCUCUGUUCCUGGAUUCGAUAACAGGAGACGGUGCGAAUGGAAAGAAAGAACAAGAGUGUUACAACUACGCUGGGGGACACGUCUAUCCUGGCGAAGCCUUUCGUGUGCCUGUGUCCGAUCAUUCCUUACACCUCAGCAAAGCCAAAAUUUCCAAGCCAGCUCCGCACUGGGAGGGAACAGCGGUGAUCGAAGGGGAGUUUAAGGAGCUGAAGUUGUCUGAUUACAGAGGGAAAUAUCUCGUGUUUUUCUUCUACCCAUUGGACUUCACGUUUGUGUGUCCGACUGAGAUCAUUGCAUUCAGUGAUCGUAUUCAGGAGUUCCGUUCCAUCAACGCUGAAGUCGUCGCGUGCUCAGUUGACUCCCAGUUCACACACUUGGCCUGGAUAAACACACCCAGGAAGCAAGGUGGUCUAGGACCAAUGAAAAUCCCUCUUCUCUCUGACCUCACACACCAGAUCUCUAAGGACUACGGUGUCUUCUUGGAAGACCAGGGACAUACACUGAGGGGUCUGUUUAUCAUCGACGAUAAAGGAGUCCUGAGACAGAUCACCAUGAAUGAUCUCCCUGUCGGACGCUCCGUGGAUGAGACACUCAGACUCGUACAAGCCUUCCAGUACACUGACAAACACGGAGAGGUGUGUCCAGCAGGAUGGAAACCAGGCAGUGACACGAUAAUCCCAGACCCCGCAGGCAAGCUGAAGUACUUUGACAAGCUGAAUUAGCAUUCAUCACUACACCCAAGAGGAACAUGCCCGCAACUGAGCAAUAUGUGUGUGAAAUUAAAUUAGCCAAUAAAGGUUUUGAUAACA